AUGUUUCAGGAAAUGCCAGCCAUCAAUGUAGAGGACUUUGAUGGAGAAGGUGUAAAGUUCAAUCAACAAGACAUCUUCAAACAGAUUAACGCUCUUCUGGACAACACGCUCAAUCUAACAAAUCUUUGUGGCAUGAACAUUCCCCCAGAACAGACAAAACAUGCAAUGCAAGGAGGUGUUCCUAUGACACUACCACAAUCUGCAAUUCAAGACAUCGGACAGACAGGUUAUGAUACAAUGUACAACACAGCUGCCUACCCAGGUAAGUCUGUGGACAUCAGACAGACAGGUUACGAUACAAUGUACAAGACAGCUGCCUACCCAGGUAAGUGUGUGGACAUCAGACAGACAGGUUACGAUACAAUGUACAAGACAGCUGCCUACCCAGGGUUCCAGCUUUUCUCUAUGCCUGCUUCACAGAGUCACACCCAACAGCAGGCAUAUACCUACCAAGGUACAGUGAAACAGGACUACACCACACCUUCCAAGUACUCCAGGGCCAUUAAGGGCGUAGAGGGGCGCUCCCCAUGUACCCCAAACAGUGACUAUGGAACGCUCUCUCCAUCCAGCUCCCUUAACGAUUCGGCCCUUUCCCCUGUGGAGAAGAUGAUCUAUUCAAGCCUCAUGAAUGGAGGACGCACAGGCAGAAGUAUGUCUCCUAGUGAUUCUGACACCAGUGGUAUCAGCAGUGAGGGUUCUGACAGCGCUCUGAUGGACAUGAUGAAUUCCCUAAACAUUGGGACAAGGACAGCAAAACCACAGGUACAUGAUGUAGCCACUCAGCUAUUCAAUGCUCAGCAACAGCAGGCUCAGGUGGCUGCCCAGGCCCAGGCUCAACAACAGCAGCUGAUCCAGGCCACCAGUGCAAACGCAGCCAUGAACUCAAUGGCUAGUCAGCUGAUCCAUUCCAACAGGGCAGGGGGAUACUCUGUCAAUCCUAUGCUUAUGGCCAACGUAGAUCCUUACGCCAUCGACCGUGCUGCUCGUCUCCACAGGAAUGCUGCAGCCAUGUGUGAAGCCAGCUGUACCUGGAGUGGACAACUGUGCCCCCGUAACCACAAGAAUCCUACUUACUCCUGUAAAGUGUUUCUGGGGGGCGUUCCCUGGGACAUCACAGAAGCUGGACUUCAGUCUGCCUUCAACAAGUUUGGGAAUUUCAAAAUUGAAUGGCCUGGAAAAGAUGGUUAUGUGUACUUACUGUUUGAGUCAGAGAAAGCUAUAAGAGCAAUGCUACAAGACUGUACACACGACUUCAGCAGUGGUGACUACUACUACAAGAUUUCUAGUCGUAGGAUGAGAGCCAAGGAGGUACAAGUGAUCCCUUGGAUUCAGGGGGAUAGCAAUUAUGUCCGUCAAGCUUCUCAGAGACUUGACUCCAACAAAACAAUAUUUGUGGGUGCCCUCCAUGGUAUGAUGACAGCUGAAUCACUGGCCAAUAUUAUGAAUGACUUAUUUGGAAAUGUUGUUUAUGCUGGCAUUGACACCGACAAACACAAAUAUCCUAUUGGUAGUGGAAGGGUCACAUUCAGCAGCAAGAAAAGUUACAUGAAGGCCGUGGGGGCGGCAUUUGUCGAGAUAAAAACGCCAAAGUUUACAAAAAAGUAUACAAACAUUUCUUUCCCUGAAGCAGGAAGGAUUGUUGAAGUACCUGUGUCGGGCCAAUCCAAUGCCAGUCGUGCAACGGUUGGUAUUACGACCGUGGAGACCCGUGAUGCUGCAACACAGACAAGUGAUGCAGGUACACAGACUGACAUGGCGUGCGACAAUCGUUCUGGCCUUCGGCCUGCUGCAUCAAAGACUUCUUCAACACAGUCAUCGCGACCACCACUAUCACCAUCAAAACAGCAUCAGAAACCUUCAAUCACCAUCAAAACCUGCUCUCAGCACUUAAAAAGUGAAAAACCAGCCAAAGUCAAGCCUAACCAAAUGAUCGUUGGUACCUCGCUUAAAUAUAAAACCACUUUAUAG